AUGGUGGACGGCGCGGCGGCGCAGCCGGGCUUUGACUCACCCUCGGGGGACCCAGAACCCCGGCACGUGGCUGCCGCCGAAGCUGGCAACCUCCCGGGCCUGGCGUGGUGGGAUACGUUCGAGCUCCAAGGCGCCCUCCGCGAGCCUGUGCCCACCUGGACGGCUGUCCCAGACAGCCUUGCAGUGGCCGUCGGCGAGCUGCUGGGCGCGGCGCUGAAGGCGGUGGCCGCAGACCCGGCCCGAGAGGCUGCAUGGGCGCGCAUGCUGCUCCUGCCGCGCGUGCUCUUCGCCAUCCCCCCUGCCGGCGACGACCAGCAUGCGGACUGGCCUCCGGCCCCGAAGGUGAUCGGCGCCAGGAUCCCGCAGGCGUGGGCGGGGGACUGGGCGGGCCUCUGGGCGGCCACAGCACGCCCUGGCGACAAUGGCGGCGGCGGCAGCCGGCGGCCACCAGACGCCGCGACCCACACCAAGCGGGUGCACGAACUCAUCAUGCUGGGUGAAGUGUCCCGGGCCGCUGCGGCCGCGAGCGGCCCAGGGAAGCUCGCCGUGGGGGCGGAGGCGCGCGCCCGCGUGGCCAGCCUUUUCCCGGGGGCCGGAGCCCCGCGAGUGCCGCCGCCACCACAGUGCCCGUCAGAAGCGUGGGAGGCCGACGAUGCGGAGGAGGCCGCCAGGCAUCUGAACAAGUUCCCGCGGAGCUCCGGGCCGGGCCUCACGGGGGCCCGCUUCGAGCACUGGGCAACGCUUCGUGGGAACGCAGACGGGAAGGAGGCGCUGGUGCAGGUGCUCGCCGUCAUCCUGCGCGGCGACGCGCCGCCGGCCGCCUCGAAGGCCCAGAACAGUGCAGUGCUGUCACUCGAUGUGGCGAACGCCUUCAACGAGCUCGACCGGGACGUCGUGCUCCGGGAGGUCGCCCAGCGCCUUCCGUCCCUCGCGCGCCUCGCCUUGGCGCGGUACGGCGGGGACACCACGCACGGCGCCAACGCGGCCGAAACAACAGCUGAGGUGGCCACUCGGCGUGUCCACAUUUCCAUCGUCGAGGCCAAGGACCCCGUCAAGAUGAAGUACAAGAUAGUGCUGUCUCCGGAGCGUGCGCCUCCUGGUCCUGCACACUCGCUGGUGGUCAGCUCGGACAUCGAGGACGAGCAGCCGGAGGAGUUCGGCAAGCGCUCAGCACCUCGGCGCCAGCGCGGCAUGCCCAUGCCGAGCAGAGCUCCCUCGGUAGGGGCAAGCUCGUUGCCGGAAACGCCCGAGGCCAUGGUUUCGGCAGCAGUGACAGAUGAAGGAGCUUUCAUGCAGCAGACUCCCGCUGUCUCAGGCCACACGUCUGCCAGCAACGUGGUGGAUAUGCCCUAG